AAUCCUAGGUUACGUGGCUGGGGUGUCUUGUUUUGGGGAGCUCUCCUAACAGGCAAGAAACAUGUCAUGGAUCAAGGAAGGAGAGCUGUCACUUUGGGAGCGGUUCUGUGCCAACAUCUUAAAGGCAGGCCCAAUGCCCAAACACAUUGCAUUUAUAAUGGAUGGGAACCGUCGCUAUGCCAAGAAAUGCCAGGUCGAGCGGCAGGAGGGCCACUCCCAGGGGUUCAACAAGCUGGCUGAGACUCUGCGCUGGUGUUUGAAUCUGGGCAUCCUAGAGGUGACGGUCUACGCAUUCAGCAUUGAGAACUUCAAACGCUCCAAGAACGAGGUAGACGGACUAAUGGAUCUGGCCCGACAGAAGUUCAACCGCUUGAUGGAAGAACAGGAGAAACUACAGAAGCAUGGGGUGUGUAUCCGAGUCCUAGGUGAUCUACAUUUGUUGCCUGUGGAUCUCCAGGAGCUGAUUGCACAAGCUGUACAAGCCACCAAAAACUACAACAAUGAUAUCUCUGAGUCCCUGAUCGAUAAGUGCCUCUAUACCAACCACUCUCCUCAUCCAGACAUCUUGAUACGGACUUCUGGGGAAGUGAGGCUAAGCGACUUCUUGCUGUGGCAGACCUCCCACUCCUGCCUAGUGUUCCAGCCAGUUCUAUGGCCAGAAUACACAUUUUGGAACUUCUGUGAGGCCAUCCUGCAGUUCCAGAUGAACCACAGUGUGCUUCAGAAGGCCCGAGACAUGUAUGCAGAGGAACGGAAGAGGCAGCAGCUGGAGAGGGACCAGGCUGCAGUGACCAAGCAGCUGCUUCAAGAGGGGCUCCAGGCCAGUGGGGAUGCCCAGCUCCGACGGACAUGCUUGCACAAACUCUCAGCUAGAAGGGAAGAGCGGGUCCAAGGCUUCCUGCAGGCCUUGGAACUCAAGCGAGCAGACUGGCUGGCACGUCUGGGCACUGCAUCAGCCUGAGUGAGGCUGGCCACCUGCCACUCUGCCCUGCCCUCUGCCUCCAGGCCCCACUCCCCUUUCUUUUUCAGGCAGAUCCCUCCUGAUGAUGAAUUGUGCUCCCUUACUUGGUGGUGGAACCACCCUGAGGCCCUGUCUGCUGACCGACUGUGGCCCUUAAGGAAGCUUGAGAGUGAAAGCAUCCCCCAAAUACACUAAACCCAGCUCUGUUCACCA